AACUCUAAGCAGAACCCAAAACCCAAAAACAUUUCUGUUUGUGCACGAACGUUAAUUAUUAUUGUUUAUGCGUCGGACAGUGCAACAGCAACAGACGGGAGCGAAGAGGAUAGCAAGAGGAAAGGCGAGACUCAGCGAAAAUCAUUUGGAAGCGUGAAAUUUGAAACAGAUGCGGCUGCUGAUGAAGUAGAAAAAGAUUAACAACAACAAGAAGAAGCGCAAUGCAACGGGACGCAGAUCAGGAACGGCUGCUGAAUGAGGAGCAGCAGCAGCAGGCGGAGGAGCAGCAGGACGAACCGAUGCUGGGCAGCGAGCAGCGAGGCUUUGUGCCCGCCUUCUCGCCACAGUACGACAUCGACAAUGACGAACGCUGCCUGCUCGUACGUGAACGGGAUCGGGACGAGGUGGUGCAGCUGACGAAUGCGCCCAGUGCAGGCGCCGCCCUCACCUAUUGCGUCUUCUACCUGCUCGGCAUUGGCACCAUGACGCCCUGGAACUUUUUUGUCACCGCCGAAGAUUAUUGGAAAUACAAAUUCCGCAAUACAACAAUGAACGGCACACAUCCCGAGGAGGAGCUGACGCCGCUCCAGAAGAGCUUCACCUGCGACCUGGCCCUGACCGCAACCAUUUCGGGCACCACGUUCCUGCUGCUGAACGCCGUCUAUGGACACUAUGUGUCGCUGCGUGCCAAAAUGCUGGGCACGCUGUGCACGAUACUCGUGCUGUUUGGCAUCACCACGGGCUUCGUGGAGGUCGACACGGAUCGCUGGCAGGAGCAGUUCUUUCUCAUCACGCUCAUCAUUGUGGUCAUACUGAACAUUAGCUCGGCGACCAUGUCGGGCGCCCUGUACGGCGUCGCCGGCCUCUUUCCCUCGGAGUAUAUGACAGCUGUGGUCAGCGGGCAGGCGCUGGGCGGCAUACUCACUGCCUUGGCGUUCAUUUUGGUGCUCGCCUUCGAUGCGGGCCCCUCAGCCACCGCCUUUGUGUUCUUCAUCAUGGGCGCCCUGCUGAUCUUCUUCUGCAUCGUCUGCUACUCUGUGAUGGCGCGCCAGGCGUACUUUAAGUAUUAUCUGGCGGGCGGCGAUAAGUUCAAAGUGAUUAGCGCCCUGCCCUCGCACAGCCGCAACGACGAGUCGGGCGUGCCCCUCGAGCCGAUCCUCAAGCAAGUGUUGGGCAAAAUCUACAUGCAGGCCGUCUGCCUCGCCCUGCUAUAUGCCACAACGCUUUCCGUAUAUCCGUCGGUGACGGUGCUCAUGCAAUCGGAGAAUUCCGCCAGUCACACCGAGUGGAGUGAUGUUUACUACCUGCCCGUUGUGAACUAUUUGUUCUUCAAUUGCGGCGAUUAUUUUGGCCGCCUGAUUGCCGGCUGGCUGGAGUGUCCCAGGAACCAGCAGACGACGCUGCUCUGGACCGUGGUGCGUGUGCUGUUCGUGCCCUGCUUCCUCUGCUCGAACAGCAGCGAGCACCACUUCCUGCCCACGCUGGUGCAGCACGACUACACCUUCAUGGCCAUGAUCAUAGCCUUUGCGCUGUCCAACGGCUACCUGACCAACAUACUGCUCAUAAUGGCGCCAAGAAGCGUCGAUCAGCACGAGAAGGAACUGGCCGCCUCCAUAAUGGCCGCCUCCCUGAGCGUGGGCAUGGCCGUCGGCUCGUUGCUGAGCUUGGCCUUUGUGCAAAUGUUGUGACCGUCGAAUCCAUGGUGCCUUAGAAAUCUUUGUUUACAUUUUAAACUAUCUAUAGCUAAUUAUAUGUAUAUAUUUUUUUACCCGUAACAAACGUCCCAUUUUGUGUCCGUGUGAUUUCCUGAAACGUAAUGCUCCAAAAUUUGCCAAUGUCUGUAAGACUUUAGACAUAUCUAGACGAACUUAUUUGUGUUAACAUUUUACAAUCGGUUUUCAUUGUUUCUAUUGUUACCUGUAAGUUUUAUGACGUGUCCUUAAUUGGCCACAUUUUGUAUGUAUAUAGGUUUUAAAAAUCAAGAAUAAAAUUCGUUUUUUAUUUUAAGGUAA